AUGGAAACAACUCAAUCAGCCUUUAAGCCAGUAAGAGAUCUUGACAAAUUUGAAUUCUUUGUAGGAUAUGAAAGAGUAGAAUCAACUUGUUGUUGUCAAUCAUCAAGUCAUGAAGAUGAGAUUAAGUUAUUUAGAAAUAAAAGGUGGACUAUGGAACAAAAAUUAGUUGCUGUUCGAACAGCAAAAAAGAUGGGAAUGUCAAAAGCAAUUAACUUUUUACAGAAAACAAAUCCAAAUGAGUUUUCUAAAUUAUCAAUAUCAACAUUAAAAUAUUGGGUAGAACAAUCAAAUGGAAGAAAAAAAAGGUAUUAUGAUUAA